CUAGAACAUUCGUAGACUACGAUGGUGUUAGCUGAUUUGGGCUCUCGUUUGAGAGGAGCUCUUUCCUCGGUUGAGUCUGCAUCCGACGAGGAGAUCAACCAGAUGAUCAAAGAUGUUUGUACUGCACUUCUUGAAUCGGAUGUGAAUAUCAAGUUGGUUGUCAAAUUGAGAGACAACAUUAAGCAGAAGGUCAAGACUGACGUAACUUCGGAAGAAUCUGCCAUCAACAAGCGUAAGAAGUUGCAGAAGAUCAUCUACGAUGAGUUAGUUGGUCUUGUAGAUUCUCACGAAGAACCUCCCAAGCCCAAGAAGCUUCUGACUUCCACCAAAGUCAUCAAUGGUAAGAAGAAGAAGGUGGCAAAGACGAACUCCCAUAUCAUCAUGUUUGUUGGUUUACAGGGUGCAGGUAAGACUACCUCGUGUACGAAGUUGGCUGUCUACUACAAGAAAAGAGGCUUCAAGGUAGGUUUGGUGUGUGCUGAUACUUUCAGAGCUGGUGCCUUUGACCAAUUGAAGCAGAAUGCUAUCAAGGCUUCUAUCCCCUACUAUGGUUCAUAUUUGGAACAGGAUCCUGUUAAGAUUGCAUACGAAGGUGUAACGAAGUUCAGAUCUGAAAAAUUUGAUAUCAUCAUUGUAGACACUUCAGGUAGACAUAGACAGGAACACCAGUUGUUCCAAGAAAUGGUACAGAUAGGUGAGAUGAUUCAGCCAACACAGACCAUCAUGGUUAUGGAUGGUUCUAUCGGUCAAGCAGCCGAAUCCCAGGCCAAAGCAUUCAAGGAAAGUUCCAACUUUGGUUCUAUCAUAUUGACCAAGAUGGACGGUCACGCCAAGGGUGGUGGUGCUAUCUCAGCUGUUGCUGCUACCAAGACACCUAUUGUCUUCAUUGGUACAGGUGAGCAUAUCGGAGACUUGGAAAUCUUCAAGCCUACGACCUUCAUCUCCAAGUUGUUGGGCAUUGGCGAUAUUCAAUCCUUGAUUGAACAUGUGCAGGGUCUUAACUUACAGAAUGAUGAAAAUCACAAGCAAACGAUGGAAAACAUCAAGGAAGGUAAGUUUACACUUAAGGACUUCCAAAAUCAAAUGAAUAAUUUUUUGAAAAUGGGUCCUUUGACAAAUAUUGCGUCCAUGAUUCCAGGAUUGUCCAACAUCAUGUCGCAAGUCGGAGAAGAAGAGACAUCGAAGAAGAUCAAGAAUAUGGUCUACAUUAUGGACUCUAUGACUACUGAAGAAUUGGAAAGUGAUGGACGUAUAUUUGUUGAUCAGCCUUCGAGAAUCUUGCGAGUAGCUAAGGGUUCUGGAUGCGCAGCUGUAGAGAUAGAAAUGGUGUUGCAACAACAUCGUCUUAUGUCUACUAUGGCCAAGAGCGCCGCUGCUGCUGGUGCUGGUGGCAGUGGCCAACCUGGUGCCAACCCUAUGGCAGGUAACCCACAGAUGGCUAGAAUGAUGCAGCAGGCACAAAGUAAUCCAAAUUUUAUGCAGCAAGCCAUGAGCAUGUUGGGUGGAGGUGGAGCAGGUGGAGCAGGUGGAGCAGGUGGAAUGCCCAACAUGGCCAACAUGAUGAAUAAUCCGCAAAUGAUGCAGCAAGCACAGCAAAUGAUGAGACAAAACCCACAAUUGAUGCAACAAGCUCAACAGAUGAUGCAAAACCCUGGCAUGAUGCAGAAGUUGAUGAGUCAGUUCGGUGGUGGCUUUGGAGGUAUGUAAGCUAACGGAACAUAGUGUACUUUUGAUUACUUGUAUUUAUACAUAAGACAUGAUUCCAACACCUAGUCAGGUACUAAAACUAAUAAUAUACAGAAGAAG